AUGGCAUACCAACCAUCGCGCAGUCCGUUUGCGCCAGCGCAGCAAGACAACUUCUAUCAGAACUCCCGCAAUGGCCUCCGUGGCUAUGGGUUGUCCAACCAACCGAUCCCCCUGUCCAACAAAGUGAACGGCUAUUUCGAAAAAGACCGCACGCUACCGUUAUACAAAGACAAGCCCUACUUUCAACCGCGGCGCACAGGUCCCCGGAGGCGAUGGAGGCCGUUCAUUGCUCUCCUCGGAGUGUGUAGCUUGGUAUUCUUGUUAUACUAUAACUUCUAUCUCCGGCCAUUGACAGGGUCACGAUCAAACGAUAAGGGGGUUGAUCUUUGGCGGUGGGCUCAGACUCUGGAGGAUGAGAAGGCAUCUUCGGAUACGUCCGACUGGGCUGAGAGGCGGGAAAAAGUGCGGGACGCUUUCAUUGUUAGUUGGGAGGGCUAUGAGAAGAAUGCAUGGGGCUACGACCAGUAUCGUCCCGUAUCAAAUGUGAACCAGGAGGUCACUAGCGGCGGGUUAGGCUGGAUGAUUGUCGACUCGCUAGAUACUCUGAUGAUCAUGAACCUGACCUCCAAGGUUCACCGAGCCAGACAAUGGAUCUCGACCUCGCUGCGGUAUGAUCAAGACCGAGAUGUGAAUACCUUCGAGACGAGUAUUCGUAUGCUAGGUGGUUUGCUGUCUGCGCACUAUCUCUCGACCCAAUUCCCCGAUUUGGCACCGCUGAACGACGACGAUGUCGGUGCCGCGGGCGAAGACCUUUACAUUGAGAAAGCCGCCGAUCUUGCCGACAGAUUGCUUGGUGCUUUUGAGUCUCCUAGCGGCAUUCCAUGGUCGAAUGUCAACCUCAACACGUCGGCAGGUAUCCCUGUUCACUUUGACGAAGGGGCCACGCCCGUCUCUGAAGCUGGAUCGGUGCAGCUUGAAUUCAAGUAUCUGGCCAAGUUGACUGGAGAGGCAGAAUACUGGACCAUAGUAGAGGAUGCCAUGAAGGUGAUUGACUCUCAAAUGUCCCAGGAUGGCCUUGUACGUUCUGCUAUCCACCCCGACAGUGGAACGUUCAAGGGAGACAGUGUGAGUCUCGGGAAUAAAGCAGACUCGUACUAUGAAUACCUCAUCAAGCAAUAUCUGCAGACCUCACAACAGGAACCGGUCUACAAAUUAAUGUGGGACGAGGCCCUCAAGGGCAUCCGCAAGCAUCUUAUCACAUUCACCAAGAACACACAACUCAUGGUUAUCGGCGAACGGCCCCAUGGCCUGGAUCAAGAACUCCUACCCCGUAUGGACCACCUGGUCUGCUUCAUGCCCGGAACAAUUGCGCUCGGCGCCACAGGCGGUCGAUCACUAUCCGAGGCAAGAAAGUCUUCAGACUGGUCUCAACAACGUGAAGAGGAGAUUCUCAUGUCUCGCGAGUUGAUGAAGACCUGUUGGGCAAUGCAUAAGAGAACGGCAACCGGACUCGCCUCCGAAAUUUCCUACUUCACACUAGACUCCCAACCUGUGAUGAUGGGAGACAAGUAUCCCGACUCAUCCACCAACCCAAAACAAGGCAAGCCAGAAAUACUCAAAGGCAUUUCUAAAACCCUAGAGUCAUACGACGGCUCAGAAUCCUGGCGCGAAGACAUCGAAAUUCACCGAAACGACCGCCACAAUCUACAACGCCCCGAGACGAUCGAGUCCCUCUUAUACAUGUACCGUAUCACGGGCGAUGAGAUGUACCGCCAAUGGGGCUGGGAAAUCUUCAAGUCAUUCGUCAAGCACACAGCCGUCGUAGAGAAGAAGAGCACCACCUCCCGCAUCCCAACGACAAGCAGCAAAGAACCCAUUUUCCGGAUUAAGGGCUUUACCUCUCUCGGCAAUGCAGACGCCGUACCACCCUACAAACGCGAUAACAUGGAGAGCUACUGGAUGGCAGAGACAUUGAAGUACUUCUACCUCCUGUUCUCAGACCGUGAUUUCAUCUCGCUUGAAGAGCACGUGUUUAACACCGAGGCUCAUCCGUUCCCAAGAUUCAAGCCUAGCGGUGACCUUAAGACCGGGUGGGAGAGGAAGCCCAGGCAGUAG